AUGGAUUGUGAUAGUAAUAAUAACAAUAACAAAGUAGAUUAUAGCAAUUUCAAUUCACUUUUAAACCUUAGUAAGAUCAUAGCUCAAUUCUAUGGUGAUGCAGAUGAAAAACAGAGAUCAGCAUCAGUAAAGUUCUUUGUCGACUAUCACAACAGCUUUAAAUUCAAACACUAUAUCGAUAACAGAGGUUACAUUAAGUUCAUAUUGGAUGUACUCUUUGAUUCGUCGCUGGCAGUGUUCAAUGAGCUCGCCAAAUUAAACUGUUUAUUACCAAAAGAUUUAUAUGAUAGUUUAAUCAAAGAUAAAAGAUUUGUAUCAUGGUUCAAUGCAUUGAGUGUGUCAGACAAUGCCCAACUUCACCACAGAAUUCAAAUUCUGUAUGAUAUUUGUCCAAAUAUAUCGGACACUAACUUUAAUUUCGAAAAACUCCAAGAGAUAGUCCAGAAUGACACAGGUGCUGCAGGUGUUGGCAACAAUGCAGGUGAUGACAAAAUGUCAACUGAAUCGUUGGCGAAAUCUUUGCCAGACAUCCUCUUGGAGAAGAUCAUUUCAAAAACUGUCGAUUUCUCCAAACAGAGAAAAAGAUACGCGUUGGCCACCAACAAAGUUAUCAACUCCACAGAAUACUCCAAGGAAUUGUUAAAUCUAGCAUUGGUUUCCAAACACUUCCUCAAAGUCCUCUCAAAAUACAUCAACAAGUUCCAUUUCGAAUGGCACAACUAUCUCGAUGCCAACAGUGAGUAUUGUCUGCUGAAAUCACCAAAAUUCUUUGACUACAAUUCGAUCCGUUACGUGCCAACCGACAAAGGCGUGGAAGUUGCCAGCCAGGCGUUGUCUGGCGUCGAAACCUUCUAUAUUAAAUCGGACGAGCCCGAAAUGCGUCGCGAGGAAGUCAAGCGAAGCGUUGGACCGUCGAUGCCGGAGGUCUAUCAGGCGGCGAUCUCCGAGGAUCACUACUUGGUGUAUCCACCACCAAUGCCGUGCCUCAAGCAAAUCAUUGUCAAGGGUUACUACGGUGACCACGAUGCCUACAGUCUGCUGUUGUCCAACAUCAUUGAGAACACACUGAACGACGCCCAACACGGUAUCGAACACUUCUCACUCUUCAUCACCAAGGACGACACCGAUGAGUAUGCCGAUGUCGACUUCCUUCAGCCACUGGUCAAGCUCCACUCGAAAACAUUGAAAUCAAUCACCAUCCACUAUAACGAUAUGGUUACCGAUGAUUAUGGAGUUCUCUUGGCAACACUCAAAGAGAUUCUCCCAACAAUCGUCCAACACAACUACAAAGUGGAUAUCAACAAAAAUGAUUACAAUUCAUUUUUGCGCAAUUUCAAAAUCUAUUGUUAUGGAGAAGAAGAUGAUCAAGUCUAUCAAUAUUUGGAAAAACAAAAAAAUAAAUACAAUCUACAUAGUUAA